CCUUCAUGGCUUCAUUAAUGGCGCCCGGAGGCACCCCACACUCGACCCAGCGAUCUCCUCCCUCCCCGAGACAGCAAACGCAAUGCCUACUCACCGUGGAGACGACCAUGGACGCCACUAAGCAACAAGGGCAGAGGAGGCCAUGAAAGAGAUGGGCGAAAGGUGAGACCCCCACGACAGCGGCUGCCAUUGGUUAUCAGGUUCCAUCACUGCAAUUAACAGCACGGCUCGCGAUCGAUCUCGCCCAGCUCCCAGAUCUCUAAAGAAGGUGCUCUGCUCUGCUCUGCUCUCCUGGGACUAGUGGGAUCAAUGGAGAGCGAGGAGCGGUCGGCGACGGCGGAGGAAGGCGACUGCUGCGGCUGGAUGGAGAUGGAGGAGGGCAAGGACGGCGGCGACCGGCGGAGGAAGCGGUUCAGCCAGGAGCAGAUCAAGUCGCUGGAGACCAUGUUCGAGACGCAGACCAAGCUGGAGCCUCGACAGAAGCUCCGUCUCGCCGGCGAGCUCGGCCUGGAGCCCCGGCAGGUGGCCAUCUGGUUCCAGAACAAGCGCGCGCGGUGGAAGGCGAAGCAGCUCGAGCGGGAGUACUGCAAGCUCAAGGCCGAGUACGAUGCGCUGCUCUCCAACUUCGACGGCCUCAAGAAGGAGAAGCAGCUCCUCCUCCAGCAGGUGCAGGAGCUAACAGAAAUGAUAGAGAAAGCAGAGGAAGGAAGCGACAGAGUCGGAGUGAAACAGGAUGAGCACGGCCUCCGCGCCGGCGGUCAACGGGCAGACUCCUCCUUGACUUCGUCGGAGGAGCCGCAGUUUUGCUUCGCCACCAACAACUGGCCUUCCGAUCAGUACUUGUGCAGCAAUCCACAGUGGUGGGAAUUUUGGUCUCUCAGUGAAUAAAUCCCACCUGCAAGUCUGCAACGCCAACUCAAAGAAUGAAGAAACGAUGAUUUCCUUCUCAUUGAGGAAGAAGAGUGCUGCUGCAUCCAAUCAAAUGCUUAAAACAGAGUAGUGUAUAAAGUGUCUGUGUGGAAAACUUCGAACCGUCCUCGUGAAUCUACUUAGUUCUCAUCAGCAGAACAAUAUAUGUAUAUGUAAUCCUAGACGACUACCACUGUGAAUGAUCAAGGAAGUAUGUGCCCAUCCAGAGUAGUGAGGAUCUUUUGAUAUAAAGGUUACACAGUGAAUUGCCUUUGAUA